GAUGACAAUGCAAUUAUGCCUGCCUUGAAGCUUAGCUAUGACUUUCUUCCUUUCCAUCUGCAACAAUGUUUUGCCUAUUCUGGAUUGUUUCCUGAAGAUUACAAUUUCAGAAGUGACGAGCUGAUCAGUCUAUGGAUUGGACUAGAUAUUUUGAAACCCAAUGGGCAAGACCAAAUAUUUGAAGACAUAGGUCUGAGCAAUUUAAAUGAGUUAGUCAUCCAUGGAUUUUUCAGAGAAGAGAAAACUUAUUAUGGUAUGCGUUAUGUUAUGCAUGACCUGCUGCAUGAUUUGGCAUUGAAGGUUGCAUCUCAUGAUUGUCUUAGUCUAAGUCUCCCUAGUGUUGGAUCAGUAGAGAUUCAGCCAACCACCCGUCACUUGUCUAUAAGCACAUAUGGUUUAGGUAAAUAUGAUGAAGUGUCUGGUAAAAAAUUGAAGAGUGAAUUGGAAGAACUAAAGACAAGAUUUAAGGUUGAAGAAUUGCAAGCAUUGAUGUUAUUUGGAAAAAUGGAUGAAGGUUUUGUCAAGAUAUUUGGUGAUUUUUUGGGGGAAGUGAACACUCUUCGUGUUCUUCAUUUGCCCAAAAUGCUUUGUCCCGUGGAGUUCAUGUUACAUAACUUUUCGGGACUUCUCCACCUACGAUACCUAUGUCUAGGGACACAUGACAUCCAGAUGCAUUUACCACUUAGCAUCUCUAAAAUUUAUCAUUUAAGGAUUUUAGAUCUUAAAUGGUGGAAUGGCAGUCGUGAUUUGCCUGAUGACAUGAGCAACCUUGCCAAAUUGUGCCAUUCUUAUGUCCCAAAUGAUGAUAAGCUUCAUUCUGAUAUUUAUAAUGUGGGAAAGCUUAAACUCUUAGAAGAGUUAAAGGUAUUUGAAGUCAAUAAAAAAUGUGAAGGGUUUGAACCAAAGCAACUAGAGCACUUGACCAAGCUAAGGGAGCUUGGCAUCUACAACGUUGAGAAGAUAGAUACAACAGAAGAAGCAGCUCAAGCAAAACUGAUGGAGAAAAAUUACUUGAGGAGGUUAACAUUGGACUGGGAUAGUAAGCGAUCUAGUGUUGAUCCUGGUGUGGAAGCAGCGGUUCUUGAGAGCCUUCAUCCACAUGGAGAUCUUCAGGUGUUGUGCAUUAGAGGGCACGGAGGUCCUUCUUGUCCAACAUGGCUGGGUGAUGAGUUCGCUGCUGAAGGUCUACAAGCUCUUUAUCUGUAUGGUGUUUCUUGGGAAGUUUUUCCUUCUUUAGGGAAGGCGUGGGAUCUUCGUGAAUUAAGGUUUGAGCAUAUUGCCAGGCCGAAGGAGUUUACUAUAGAGAAAAGCUUUUGCAUGCUAAUAAAGUUUGAACUCAUUGGCCUAGGAAGUUUUGAAAAAUGGAUUUUCCCAGCUGAACGAGAUUCUUCCCUGGAUGGAGAGCGGUUGCCAACGGAU